AUGGCAGCUUCUGCAUCGUACUUUUCUAAAAUUGAUGCAAACUUGCAAGAUUUCAAGAGCUUUGCGAAAGCUGGAAAUUCGGUGGACCUUUAUUUAAAUUCGCGGUCAAAAUCGUUGAAGGUGAAAAAUACAUUGGGGGACUACUCAAACACGCUCAAAUUAGCGAAUGAGGAAUACAUAUGCUACCAAUUUUCGCACGAAUAUUCCGUUCUUGCUCUUUACUCGCUAGGCAACGCCUUCGCAGGUAGGACGUUAAAAGUGCACCUUCCAGAACGCAUGUUGAACAUGCAUCACACGUUUACAAUACGGGAGGUUAAAAACGAACUGGCUAUUGAGAUGAUUUUAAAAGACGGCUUAUAUCUAGUGCUGGCGUUUCCGGUCAAUUGCAUAUUGGAUAUGACAUCGGCGGUGCCUGAAAAUUGGUUCAGAGUGCUGAACCCCUACGAUUUUACGAUAAGACAACCUCAGUACGCAUAUUCUGCGUCGGAAACUUUUACUAUCGUUUUUCUAGAAGACGGUGGCCUUUUGGGUCUUCGCAAGAUUAAAAACGAUCAAGGCGAACCUGACGUUACACCAACCUUGUUCAACGACAACAGUUACCUACAGAGUUUGAGCAAGCUCUUUUUCUCUAAUCGACACACUUCGCAGCACAACAAUGUGGUUAGUUGUACGCUUUACAGAGAGCGCUUUUUGAUAACUCUAACGCAAGGCUGCAGGUUGAAAAUAUGGGAUCUGGAAAAGCAAACCGUGAUAUUUGAAAAACAUUUGGCUGCUGAUGACAAAAAUCUCAACAGAGUAUACGAAACUUUGGGGCAAUUUUUGUCUGUAUGCGAAGAUAAACUAGCCAUAUUUUUACCUUUUGAAAAUGGGCUUUUCCAACUAUGGGAUCUACGCCUGGACAAUCAAGGUGAUCUAGUCAUAGACGCUAGCUCAAUCUACGCCAGCAACCUUUCUUCUUCAUCUAUAUGGUCACUAGUCGAUAUGAAACUGAUAAAGCCUAUCGAUAUACUUGAGUCCGCUAGUUAUCUGAACAUUGUGGUCCUUUGGAGAAGCAAUCGGGUCAUGAAACUCCAAGUUUUGAACCUUCUCUCAGAUGAUUUGAAGAAGUAUCAAUGGCUGGAAGCGACCAAUCAGUCACUUAUGGAUCUUCGUGCAGAUCUAAAUUUAUUGACGAAUGGCGAUACAAAUCGGGCACUAAUGAAUCUCAAAUCGCAUUAUACUCCAGAGCUAUUUCAGCAAGCCCAAGAAGUUUUGAGUGAAAAUGGGAUACUAAUGUUACCAGAGUCUCCUUACAAUCACGAGUACCUUUUGAAUUUAGAGUCGGUUCUCAAGGAUAUGAAAAAGCGCAAUGACGAACCGUCGUCACUCACUUUGUAUCACAACGAGCUGUUGCUGGUAAAUUCACUCUCACUUUAUUCUCAUUCUCUUUACAAAGCCAAUUCUACUUUAGAGACCUGCUUCUAUAAUAUGAGCGAGAACGUAGUUUCUUGUGAUGACUUGGGUGGCUUUCUGCGAACAAUUGAAGGCUUCGCAGCUACUAUUCCUACACAGGUUCUCACGGAUGUCUCUGACUCACUGCUCGAUGUUGUGACAUCUUCUUUUCCUGCGGAUAUUCCAAUAAAAGAUAAAUUCACAAACAUAUUCUCGAAGCAUUUGGAGGGGCAGUUUCAUUUGGCUAACCUAAGAAAGCUUUUUGAUGAUCUGAGUUCAUUUGAUGUUGUCGCGAUCCUUGACAACUUCAUCAAGAGCACUUUACAAAGUGCCGACUUAGAUCACUCAUUAAUCGACUCCGUUUAUCCCAACUAUCUCAUGAACGUCGCAGUUUUGGAAAGCACUCAUCAAGCAAUAUUGAUUCACAACAACUUGGUUUCAAAGGUUUUGCUCAUAUUUGCCUUUAUGGAUUUCGAUUACUCUGCUUUCCGGUUACAAAUUGAAACGCUACUAGGUCUCCACUACAAGCAAAGUUUAUGGAUUCAUUUGUAUCAGUUGGACAAGGGCCUCUUGGCCUCUGAACUUUUUGCAACAACCAGCAAAUUUGGCAAUGGACACAAAAUAGAAACGUAUGCGGACUGGUCUUCCGCUCUUACUGUCAGUCUGAAAGUAUUGUAUGGCAUGCCUAUUUCGCCUAACCCGCUUUUCAUUGAAAGUUUUGACACGUUUGUGAUCUCGGGCACACGGAGCUCUAAACUGUGCGAACUUUACUUGAAGAAUAUCCAGCAGAAGUUUUACAUUCAUUCUAACGUUGCGCACGAAUUCAUGUUAGGACUAACUUACUUCAUGUCUGGGUUUUAUGACCGAGCCUUCGAUUUUCUUCAAAAGCACCCAUAUCCAGAUACUCUGCCUCAAGAGUUGCCGGAUAGCCUUUACAUGCCACUCCAAAAGGACGGUCAUUUGUGGCGCGAUGUUAUUGGAUCUUUCAAGUUGCCCAAUAAACAUCCUGCUUACUAUUUUAAUCUAUCAAAGCUGUUCUCUGUUGCGAACAGUUACGAAUAUGCUCUAAGAUGUGCCAAAAAAUCUAUCAAGCUUUCAACUGAGCUUGAGGACGUUGAAGAAACACAUGAAUUCAAGAAUGCGCAGUUGCUUCAGUAUUUGAAUAUUCUCAUUGUCUUUUCCAAAUACGAGGAAAUUUUGGACGUUCUUUGUUGCAGUCCCGAAAUUAUUUCAGAGCACGUUAAAGUCUCUUAUUACCGCAAAAUGAUUUCAAAUUUACAUCACCGAGAUGCCUUCUUUUCCACACUUUUGAAAAUUUGCAAAGAAUCGAGUGGCUUAUACCUACCUACCCAGGACUAUAGGCUUAUAGAUAAAAUAUUGUGUGACGAGAUAGCAGCUGAGGAUUGGUGCACUUAUAAAAGAGUGUAUGCAUUCAGACUAAUGAAUGCUCAAGACAGAGCUGCUGCUGAAAUACUGUACAAGUACUUCAUGAAGGGAACCGACAUAGGCAUUAAAGAAAAAUGCUACUUGAUGAUAGCAAACAUUUUGACCUCUUUCUCUGCAGAAAACGACCGCUGGAUUCUUGCAGACGGUCAAUUGGUGACUUUGCAAGAUCUCAAGCGGGAAAUGAACAAUUUAUAA